UGAAACAGUUGUCACACUAUACAACUUAGUGAACUAGCUCCUUCAAUAAGGACACAGUACUCUAAGCCUUGAACAAGCACAUGAUUCAACCUCUAAGGUUUUUCAUUGUUCACACAACCCAAGAUUGCAUGCAUGUACUUUUUUCACAAUGGAUUCAAAUAGAUUCUCAUUCUCAGAACCAUUUCUAAAAACUAGAAGAAAAUUAUUUUCUGAAUUUAGUUUAUGUGUUGGUGCUUCUUUGCUUUUAUGUUCUCUUUUUUUCCUUAGUAAUUCCCUCAAAGUUCCUAAAAAUUCAGUCUUUCUUCCAGUUUUCAACAAUUCUAACACUAAUUCUUCUUUUGUUUCACACCCCUUUUCUUUUAAUAGUACUAAUCACUCUUGUGUUUAUUUGAACAAUGCUUCUGAGAUUUCUCUUAAGAGAAUUGAAGAAGAAAGUGUUAUUGUUGGUAGAAUUAGUGAAGUAAAUGUGUCAAGUGUUGGAGUUGAAAAGAAAAAUUCUAGUUUUGUAAGUCCUAAUGUGAAGAACAAUGUGAAUGUGACCAAUGAUGCUUCAUACAAUGGAAAUACUAGUAUUGUAGAGGGAAGGAAUGAAGAUUUGGUUAGGGAUAAGAAUGUAACUUUAAUCACUCAUAGUGAUGAGCAAGUGGAGAAAAUGAAUGUUGGUAAUUUAUAUGAUAAAUGUGAUAUCUUUGAUGGAAAGUGGGUAAGAGAUGAUUCAAAGCCAUAUUAUCCUUUAGGUUCUUGUCCCUUCAUUGAUAGAGAUUUUAAUUGUCAUCUUAAUGGGAGGCUUGAUCUUGAAUAUGUAAAAUGGAAGUGGAAGCCAAAUAAAUGUCACAUUCCAAGUUUGAAUGCAACUGAUUUUCUCGAGAGGUUGCGCGGGCAGAGGCUGGUUUUUGUCGGAGAUUCAUUGAACAGGAAUAUGUGGGAGUCCCUUGUUUGUAUCCUUCGACAAAGCCUCCGGUACAAGAAACGUGUUUUUGAAAUUUCAGGGAAAAGGGAGUUUAAAAAGAAAGGUGUCUAUGCUUUUAGAUUUGAGGAUUACAAUUGUUCAGUGGAUUUUGUUGCUUCACCAUUCCUUGUUAGAGAAUCAACUUUCAAAGGAAAAAAUGGUUCAUUUGAGACAUUAAGAUUGGAUUUGAUGGAUCACACAACUUCAAGGUAUCAGGAUGCUAAUAUUAUAGUCUUCAAUACAGGCCAUUGGUGGACACAUGAGAAAACAUCAAAAGGAGAAGAAUAUUAUCAAGAAGGAAACCAUGUAUAUCCAAGACUCAAAGCUUUGGAUGCUUAUAUGAGGGCUUUGACCACAUGGGCUAAAUGGGUUGAUCGAAAAAUUAACGCCAAUCAUACGCAGGUUUUCUUCAGAGGAUACUCAGUUACUCAUUUCUGGGGUGGACAAUGGAAUUCAGGUGGACAGUGCCACAAAGAAACCGAGCCAAUAUAUAAUGAAACUUACUUACAAAAGCAUCCUUCAAAAAUGCGAGCGCUAGAGCAUGUCAUCCAAAAUAUGAAAACCGAAGUCAUAUAUAUGAACAUAAGUAGACUUACAGAUUACAGAAAAGACGGACAUCCUUCAGUAUACCGAAAAGAUUACAAGACAUCAAUGAAGCAGAACUCUUCUUCGCUAUACGAAGAUUGCAGCCAUUGGUGUUUGCCUGGAGUACCAGAUACUUGGAAUGAAUUGUUAUAUGUUUCUCUCUUAAAAUAUGGAAAGGGAACUUGGAAAAUCUGAGGUGAAUUUCUUAUAAUCAUUCGACAAACCGGAUUCUGAUUCUUCAUGCAUUUUCCAUUAGUGUUUCUGAUCUAUGAAGCACGGACACUCCUCCGAUUAGACCUGUCCCGGUGUCGGACACAUGUCG